AUGUCACCCAAGAAAGUAGCAAUCAUCGGCGCCGGCCCCUCAGGCCUAGUCACAGCCAAAACCCUUCUUCAUAAUUUUCCGAGCGGGACAUUCUCUCCAAUCAUCUUCGAGAGCCAGAACGAAGUCGGGGGUCUGUGGUCAAGUCACCAUCACUCUCCCAAUCAGACCAAUGGCCCCCCGGUUACACUAGACCCUCGCAUGCGGACCAACCUCAGCCGCUUCUCAGUCGCUUUUUCAGAUCUGUCCUGGGAGUCGGUAAUCCCCGACGCGGAUAUUCCGAUUUUUCCUCAGGCGAGACAGGUUGGAGAAUACCUGGCCUGUUAUGCAGAGCGGUAUGUUCCAGCUCAUGUCCUGAGGCUAGGGUGUAGAGUGAUAAGAACUAUACGGAGGGUUGGGGGUGGAGGUGACCCGAAGUGGAAUGUUCAGUGGGUUCAGGAAAGCGCGGAGGAAACUCCUGGGUUACUGGAUGGGAUAUCUUCUGAAGAUUUCGACGUGAUUGUCAUCGCCUCUGGAUACUUUGCCCAGCAGUAUAUUCCAAACAUACCAGGCCUAGAUCAAUUCCAAGGCCGAAUCAUCCAUAGCUCUUCGCUCCAUUAUGAACGAGAGCAGGCGCUCUCUAAUGAAUCCAACGAUGUGAAGGGCCAGAUCGUCGUCAUCGGCGGCAGCAUGUCAGGCGUCGAAGCUGCAUCUGCUGUGGCUCUCCGGCAAUCUUCAUCUACACCUUCCACAAACAGAGUCCCACAUACACAAGAGACAAAAGUGCAUCAUAUACAUUCAAGACCGUUCUGGGCUUUGCCGACGUAUCUCCCACACGAGUCUCCCGAUGGGAGUCCAUCUUUCUUACCGUUAGACUUGGCCAUGUACGACCUAGGCCGCCGACCCCCGGGUCCAAUAGACUACAUCCUCGGACCCAUUCCAGAAGAAAAAGCAGUCAAAACAAACAGUUACUUCCACACCUUGCUCGGCAGUGAUUAUGAGAAAUACGCGCACAUGGAUGCACCACAUGGUGCCGAGGAAUCCAGAACCCAGCCACCAUGGGUCGCCAUAGGUAAUGAUUACGCCGAAUUCGUCAGGUGUGGAGCGAUUCAGACAUCGAUGGGCCGGGUGACUGCUGUGAUUUCUGAUCCAGAUAUUAAGCAAACCUCAGUUCAGUAUGAAGGGCCCGACGGGAAGACCAAGACGAUAGACAAUGUGGCGGUGAUAGUCAUGGCCACCGGGUUCACGCCAUACAAGUCCCUAUCAUUGCUACCGGAUGAAGUGUUGAUGACGCUUGAAUACUGCAAGACGGACCCCUUCUCACCGUUGAUUCUCGACAAGGGAGGCACCGUCCGCUCGGAGAUUCCCGAUGCCGGAUUCGUCGGAUUCUACCGCGGCCCGUACUGGGGCGUGAUGGAGAUGCAAGCGAGGUUCCUUGGGAAAUUAUGGAGUGAGGAGAAUAACGGUGCGCUCUGCAAAACAGACGACCAGAAGCAAAACCUUCGGCGUCUCAGAUCGGCACACCCGGAUCUAGCCCGUGGUCAGUUCCCCAUGGGCGACUACGUCGGAUUGAUGGAGUCGUUCGCGAAGGAUCUAGAGAUUAGUCGCUCGGCACUAGAAGCAGGCGACGGUCGGUCUGGACCUGUUGUUCCUGCGAGGUAUCUUUAUGGCAAUACCCCAACUCCAGGUACAGAGAGCGAGGCGGAUAGGACACUAGGUGCUUUGCGCGACGCUCUUCUCCCUGGUCAUGAGGCCGCACAGAAGGCUGCAGCCUCGGCUAUUUUUCGUGCUCUGCAUGGGACUUGGAAGUCCUCUCAUACAUCAGGUGCUAAUGGACAUGAAGCAUCUUUUGGGACUCUAGGCUUUUACCCGCGGUAUCCGACUAGCCCGGCAUAUGAUAGGGAGUAUGUCUGUGUAGAGACACAUGGCUCGACUGGAGGGGAACACCCUGGGCAAGACAAUGUGCGGUUCAUCAUGCGCUUGACUGAAGUGGGAUUUGAUAUUGCCACUUCCCGAAUUGAGAUAUGGUCGGCCUUAGCGGAUAGGCUGUCAGCGGAUCGACUUGUCCGGGUCUGGGAGUUGACGCCGCUCUGUCGGCAGAGGAAAGAGGGGGUGUCUAUUCCUGGGGAAUACGUGAUAUCCGCCAAGAUCUCAACCCUCCUCCCCCUCCCUUUGGACCCAGUCUCCGAAUGGCGCGCCUGGCAAACGUUCAUAGUAUUCUAUACAAUCCUCCUUAACCGGCAAAUCCUCCGCCGCUAUCACCUCGAACGAAAUUGCAUGCGAGACAGACCCAUAUGCGAACGCUUCCGACCCCUGAUCGUCCCCGAACCAUUUCCUACCCUGCACAAGCCCAACACAAGCCCGACGACGUCAGAAGAAGAAGCCGAUAACCCCUUCAACAAAUCUACCAUGAACAAACUGCGCACAAAAGCCGCGCUCCUCCGUGCGCGCGUCGAGAAGGGAAAGGAACUCGCUUCCGAGAUUGAGCGGCGUAUGGUUCAGAAUCCGCCGCUAAGGUUUCCGACGCAUUUCUGUCAUGCUUGUGUUGAGGACGGGGAGAGGGUGGAGAUUUUGGUUACCGAGUGUGGGCAUCGGGUGUGUCGGACUUGUCUUACAUAUGGGGUUGACGAGGAUGGGGUUUAUGAGUGUAAUAUUUGCUUUGUGCCGACCAGGGUUGACCAGUAG